GGAUUUUGGAGAAACUCGCCUGCGCCCAUCGUGACAUUUCCUCCCCUGCAACAACCUCGUUCACGGUAUUGGAGUGUCGGUCAAGCUUCACAGCUGGCUUUCAGCUGUAGAUCAGGCGGCUGGGGUAGAUUGUGACUCACUUGAUCCUUUUUGUGGGAGUUUGUCAAGACAUCGGGCCGCAGGGCAAACCGAAGCACUUCCUCCUCUCCUCUCAAUUUCAUACACAAUGAAGGCCUCGGCAUCACUGCGAAGCCUGCGCCUGCGCCAGGCAAAAGGCCGCCUUUUCUCUCAAAACAUCCGUACCUUAACAUCCUCACAACGCCGCUCCUCGUCUGAACAAGAUGCCAAUGACACCGGUCUCAAUCGUGUUUCGCGCACCAUCACCCAACCCAAGUCCCAAGGCGCCUCACAGGCCAUGCUAUAUGCCACUGGGCUGUCGGAGACCGACAUGGCCAAGCCCCAAGUCGGUAUCUCGUCGGUGUGGUACACCGGCAACCCAUGCAAUAUGCACCUGAUGGAUCUCUCCAACAUCGUACGCAAAGGUGUCUCCGAUGCGGGCCUGGCGCCUAUGCAGUUCAACACAAUUGGUGUAUCCGACGGCAUCUCCAUGGGCACAUCCGGCAUGCGGUACUCGCUGCAGUCGCGGGAAAUCAUUGCCGACUCGAUCGAAACCGUCAUGAAUGGCCAAUGGUACGACGCCAACAUCUCACUCCCUGGUUGUGACAAGAACAUGCCCGGCGUGAUCAUGGCCAUGGGCCGUGUCAACAGACCGUCCAUCAUGGUCUACGGUGGGUCGAUUGCGGCCGGAUGUGCUUCGACACAGAACAAUGCCCCCAUCGACAUCGUGUCGGCUUUCCAAGCCUACGGACAAUUCAUCACUGGUGAAAUCGACGAGACACAACGAUUCGACAUUAUUCGCCACGCGUGUCCCGGUAGCGGCGCUUGCGGUGGCAUGUACACAGCCAACACCAUGGCCAGUGCGAUCGAGACUCUGGGUAUGUCGUUGCCCGGCAGCUCUAGCAACCCGGCCGUGUCGAAGGCGAAACAACUCGAGUGUCUCGCCGCGGGUGGCGCGAUCAAGAACCUGCUCAAAUUGGACCUACGUCCCCGCGAAAUCAUGACACGAGCCGCGUUCGAGGACGCCAUGGUCCUGGUCAUGAUCACGGGCGGCAGCACGAACGCCGUGCUCCAUCUGAUCGCCAUGGCAGACGCGGUAGGUGUCAAGUUGUCCAUUGACGAUUUCCAAGCCGUCAGCGACCGAACUCCAUUCUUGUCCGACCUCAAACCGAGCGGCAAAUACGUGUUCAACGAUCUACACCACAUUGGCGGUAUCCCGACACUGUUGAAAUUCUUGAUCAAAGAGGGUGUGGUCAAGGGUGAAGGGAUGACCGUCACCGGACAGACACUCAAGAAGAACGUCGAGAAUGCACCAGACUUUCCUAGCGACCAGACCAUCAUCAAGCCUUUUAGCGACCCCAUCAAGCCGACGGGCCACAUUCAGAUCCUCCGAGGUAGUCUGGCGCCCGGUGGCAGCGUGGGCAAAAUCACCGGCAAAGAAGGACUCCGGUUCACCGGCAAGGCCAAGGUCUACGACGCCGAGGAUUUGUUCAUCGAGGCCCUCGAGCGCGGGGAGAUCAAAAAGGGCGAGAAGACGGUGGUCGUCAUCCGCUACGAAGGGCCCAAAGGUGGCCCGGGCAUGCCGGAGAUGUUGAAGCCCAGCUCGGCCAUCAUGGGAGCGGGGUUGGGCAAGGACGUCGCGCUCAUCACGGACGGAAGAUUCAGUGGAGGCUCGCACGGUUUCUUGAUCGGGCACAUCGUGCCCGAGGCCAUGGAAGGUGGGCCGAUCGGGUUGGUCGAGGACGGGGACGAGAUUGUCAUCGACGCCGAGACGAGGACCUUGGAUGUCAGUGUGAGCGAGGGUGAAUUGGCGAAACGGAGGGAAGAAUGGUCCAAGAACAAACCGGAACCCAGGUACCGGAGGGGCGUUUUGGCAAAGUAUGCGAAGCUCGUGAGUGAUGCCAGUCACGGUUGUAUUACCGAUAAAGAAGACGUCGUGAAUCUUUAUUCUUGAGAUGACCGGGAUGGGGGAAGUGGAAGGGAACAAAUGCAUAUAGUCCUUGCAAGGGUAAAGGGAAAGGGUCCAUUUUGUGUUUUGUUCCUACACAGUAUAGUACAGAACAGGAAAAAGAAUGGCCGGAAAAAGGGACCCUCUACAUCCUAAUUUGGUCUUGAACGGUUCAGAUGGACGAUUGAAUGAUCCAUCCGUCCUGUCGAUUGAUU